CCCCCCCCAACACUCAUUUUGAGCGGCUCUUCCCGACUCUUCCCUUCCAACCCCCUCCGACACCCCAACAGCUCUUUGAGUUUUUCGCCUGCUCUCCAUGGUCCACGCCAUCAAUUCGAUCAUGCCGUCGACGACCGUCGCCUCGUCAGAGUCUCGCCCCCGCAAAGGCACCUUCCCAGAGAUUCCGGUGUCGUCAACUUCACAUCCCGACAAUCCAAUCCCUGAAGAGCCGCGCGGCGUGCGAUCACUUUCCGUGACCGAUAUUACCUUCAAUGGCUCAUCUGCCUCUCAAGAAACCGACUACUCGGUCGGCUCUGACUCCUCCGACUCCCCAAUCACCUCGCCUAGUGACACUCACAUCGAAGAGGAGCUUGCAAGCAAGCCCCAUGGUCGCCAACGCCGGGCUUCAACCAUCCUGAUAUCACAGAACUCCGAGGAUAUGCGACGUGUCCUGGAGAAUGUAGGCACAAGCGGUACCCAAAAAAUCCAGUCUAUGUGCUGUGGUGGAGGAUGUUGCCGAGGUCGACCGUUGCAGCCGUUGGACGGUCCCAUCUCCGGAUUCAACUCAAUAACGGCACCCGAGAAUAAAGCAUUCGCCAGUCUCGAGUUAAACUUAGAUUUGCUCACUCUGGACAGCAAUCUUUCCAACAUUGCCCCGUUACCGGAGAAGACUGUUUCGUUCAAGCCAGCCCCCGCAUACGCUACCGAUAUUUCCCUUGGUCCCGCGGAUCACCCUCCGCAGUUUGUGCAACCGCAUCCCCCUUACGAGGUGUAUCGAGCUCCGCUCCAUCAUGCCCGAGAGUUGACCAAGGGCGGUGCGGAGAAGCGCACGUAUCACUUCGAUAUCGAUGUUACCGAUUACCCUGCGGAGAGUGGAAUGGUGGAUUUCGUCGUGGGUGGGGCCAUUGGCGUCUGCCCCAAAAACAAAGAUGAGGAUGUGGAGGACAUUUUCGAUCUACUCGGGGUUCCCAAGUCGAUGCGCGACCGAAAGGUGUGCAUGCGGACGACCCAGGGUCGCUGGCCGACUAUAUGGGGUGACGACAAGCCGCGGGAGCUGAUCACUACACGGCGCGAGGUUCUUAGCUGGUGCUCGGAUAUCCAAAGUUAUCCACCCACCAAGCCGCUUUUCCGCCUCCUGGCUGAGUAUACGGCCGAGCAAAACGAGAAAAAGAUCCUCGAGUAUUUGUCCUCAGCCCAGGGUCAAGGCGCGUUCUGCGAUCUUCGCACCACCUCACACAUCAGCUUGUCACAGCUCCUACACGCUUUCCCCUCCUCUCGACCUCCACUUGAUCAUCUCCUCUCUGUGCUGAAUACCCUCAUGCCGCGCUUCUAUUCACUUUCUCAGGACCCCAUGAUCUCGUGCCAUUUUAAGGGCACUGAGUGCCGCCGCUUGAUUGAAGUGGCUGUCACUGUUGCCGAAUCUGAAGACUGGCGGGGCGGGAACCGGACCGGUGUGAGUUCUGGCUAUCUCGAGCGGCUUGCGCAACGCGCGAUCAAGGCCGAAGCCGCUGGCGAGAAACAUGACCUCUAUAUCCCGAUGUUCCGCGGCUUGAUGGCGAACCCGCUCGCGAAGCGCUUCGCCUCCGAUGGGCCUAUGCUUUUGAUCGGGGCAGGUGUCGGCAUCGCCCCAUUCCGUGGGUUCGUUCAGCGCCGUCUGCAGUCUGCCAACUGUGCCAACAAAGUCUGGGUACUUCAAGGUGUACGUGACUCCCUGCUCGAUGAGCUGUAUAGCGGCGAGUGGGGUGUGCACGAGGACAAGGUUCGCACCGUGGUACAAAGCCGCCGGGGCGAGAGCCGCUAUGUGCAGGAGGAAGUGCGCCAUCAGGCAGAUCUGGUCUGGUACGUAAUCAAUGCGCUGGACGGCCGUGUGUUUGUCUGCGGUAGUGGCAAGGGCAUGGGUGAGGGCGUAGAGGCCGCUCUUGUCGAGGUUGCCAUGUCUAAGGGCAAUUUGAAUGCCAAAGAGGCAGAGUUGUUUUGGCAGCGCAAGAAGGAGGCAGGUCAAUACAUUGCGGAGACUUGGUAAAAUCAAACCAAAAAGAAAGUACAGUAUCUGGAUUGUCUUGUCGGCCAUUUUGCCCUUGCCUGUUACACAAACCUCUAUAUCAUUUUUUGGCAUGAAGCUGGCCCGGCAUCCUAUGCCUUCAACCGCCACACUUGAUUGUAUAUAUCCCCGCCCUGGAUGUCUCUCGUAUUUCUGUUCUUCUGCAUUGUGCAUGAUCGCGCCUGCCUUUCUUGUCACGCUUGUCCACUGGCGCCUUACGACUUGGACGACUCGGUUGAGUUCUCGAUUUAAACGCACCGGCCCAGUCAAACGACCUUUCUCACGAGCUUUCGUUUUACUUCGAUGCACUUUAGCGGGGUGGUGUUUUGUUACUUACGUUCUGUCGGUUAUUUCAUGCUGCGCGGGUCUUGGUUCUGGGGGAUUGAUUUCUGGGCGUCGGCUUCUCAUCCUUCUCAUUUGCAUAUUCAACCUUUUGUGAUUUGUCUUAGAUAUAGAUUAUUGAACCAAAAUAAAGAUUUUUUACGACUAG